AUGGAAAAUCAAGACAGUAAAGCCGAGAAAAAAUUAAAGAAAGAACACUCAGGGCUAAUCAUAUGCGAAGAUAAAUUGUUUUCUGGGAAUUUAAAUAACAGUCAAAAAGAUGAUAUUGAUGAUGACGCUACAGAAAUACAAACAUCGCUAGAAGAUCAUACAAGCGAUUAUCAGCCCUUAAAAUCAUCUUAUAAUAACAAAGAAGAUUAUUGUAAUGAAAAAUUAAAGAAAAUUUCAGAAAAUACGCGCAAUGAAAUAAAAAAUCUUUAUCAAACAUUUCAUCAUCUUCGGAAACAUUAUAGAUUAAUUAAUAAAAUUGGAGAGGGGACAUUCAGUACUGUAUAUAUGGCUGAAGACUGUAAUUAUGAUAAAUACAUUAACGAGUGGCAAUAUAAAGAACAAAAGACAUUUUUAUCAAAUACCCCAUUAUUAAAAAAACAAAAAAUACUUUCAAGAUAUGAUAUUCAGAAACAAAGAUAUGUUGCAUUAAAAAAGAUUUAUGUGACAAGCAGUCCAACAAGAAUAAUAAAUGAACUAAGAAUUCUAAAAGAUUUAAGAGGAAAUAAUUCAAUUGUGCCUAUUAUAACAGCAAUGAGAGCAAAAGAUCAAAUAGUUAUAGUUUUACCAUAUUUUAAACACGUAGACUUUAAGGAUUAUUAUCGUAAUCUUUCUUUAGAAGAUAUACGAUUUUACUUCAAAGAACUUUUUGAAGCACUUUAUCAUGUUCAUAGAAAUGGCAUUAUCCAUCGAGACAUAAAACCAAGUAAUUUUUUAUAUGAUGUGGAAAAAAGGACUGGUGUUCUAGUAGAUUUUGGCCUUGCUGAGAGAGAAAACUAUGAUGAAACUUCUUGUCCAUGUUCUAAUAAAAAUAGAUUUCAAAAUUUUAAAAAUACACAAAUAUUAUCAUCUGCGGCAUUCUUAAAUGGAAUUGAAGAAGGACAAUUAGGAUAUCUUAGAAACGAUCCAAAACCAAGUAAGAGAGCAAAUAGAGCGGGAACAAGAGGGUUCCGUGCUCCAGAAGUGUUAUUUAAAUGCACAGCACAAUCAACAAAAAUUGACAUAUGGGCAGCUGGUGUAAUACUUCUUUCUUUCCUUACCCAAAGGUUCCCUUUUUUUAAUUCAUCAGAUGAUGCAGAUGCGUUAAUUGAAAUAACAUGUAUAUUCGGUAAAAACGAAAUGCGUAAAUGCGCAAAACUUCACAAUUGCGUGUUUGACACUAAUAUUUCAACUUUAAACGAAAAAAAAAUUACAUUUCAAAAAUUAAUACGUUGGUCCACUGGUUUUCCAGCGAACUAUGAUAACCCUUUAGCAUGGAAAGAGAAACUUGCUUUAAAUUUUCUUGAACAAUGCCUUCAGCUAGACCCUUUAGAGCGGUUUUCUGCAGAAAAAGCAUUAAAGCAUGAUUUCCUUAAAUUCAUAGACAUAGAUGAGUUUACUGAAGAAGUAGAUUUUUAUGUUUUUAUUAUUUUUUUUAUGAAUUGUUAA